GCUGCCUAUUCUCCGCGGACGAAGCGAUCGAUGCGGUUGGCAGCUCGCAGUGUUAUCAAUCGAACCAAUUAGCUCGCGUGUUUUGCCGUUUGACCUGAUAGCCUGGCUGCCUGCCGAAGCUCCAGCAGCAGCAGCAACAGCAGAGGUAGUAGAAGAGAAGCAGGCUCACCUCGCGCGCCGAUGGCUGCAGGGGCGCUCUGCUAUAAAUGCCCUGAUACUCCCCGCCUCGCGACACUACUCCUUUGACCACACCAUGUUUCGCCACGCGCUGCUCCUCGUUUACCUUUUGGGCAGCGUACUCUCCACACCCGUUUUCUAUGGCAGCGUUUAUCACCAGCCCGUCUACUACUACCACCAGAGCCCGGCGGCGGCCUACUUCCGCACCCCUUACCACCCCUACGUGCCCACCCCCGCGUACUACCAGCCGCACCGAGUGGCCGCGACCCCCGUGUCGGAUGCGGUCGCCAAGCCCUUCGUGCGGGGCAACGAAGUCCCGCUGAACGACGUGUCCGACGACGCCACCGUAGUCGAAGCAGCCCCCGGCCCCGCCACUCCCGUCGUCAACCCCAAGAACGUGAUCGACGCCGGACAGAUUGCCCCCGGCCUGAUUUUCCGCGCCGCGGCGCCGCCCGUCGUGGUCGUCUCGCAGGGGGCGCACCUCGGCAACGUGCAGCCAUCCCAGGAGGGCUACUCGCAGGACGGAUUCGCCAAUGACGCGCCCCCGUCGGUCAUGACGCACGGACCCAGCCCCGGCUCGUACACGGCCGUCUCGUCGGACGAAGAAUCUGAGAGCACUCUGUUCCAAUCGCAGGACGGAAGUGGAAACAUCCUCUUCGGCUACAGCAGCCCCCAGCAGGCGCGCCUCGAAGCCAGGUCGCUGGACGGCUCCGUCCGCGGCUCCUACAGCUACGUCGACCCUGAGGGCAAGACCGUGAAGGUCAGGUACUCGGCAGGCAGGGACGGCUUCCAGGUGUUCGACGAGGACGAAGCGUCCAGCGUGCUACCCAAACAGGUGCAAGACACCCCCGAGGUGGUGGCCGCCAAGUCGCUGUUCGCCCGGCUCUUCCUGCAGGCCAAGCUGCUCGCCGAGCAGUCCGACCUGCCCGCUGCCACGCCUGUUGAGGUUGCGGAGCAGCCCCAAAAACCCGAGGAGCCCGUCGUGCCGGUGAAGGCUGAAGAGAACGAGCAGUACGACAACGACGAGAAAAUUCACCCGCCAGACAGCAUCUACACCGUGAGCGAGGGGCUCAAGGGCGUGGAGGAGGACCUCGAGUACUACGGCGCGGCCAAGGGAACCAAGCCCAUGACCUACGCUUCCCACUUCCACCCGUACGGCGCACCCCAGGGCGAGCAGCAGCACCUGCGGAGGGCCGCAGUGGCCGCCGCCGCGCCGCCCCAACUGUCUGCCUACUCGGCGCCCAGUCUGCGUGAGCAGCAGCACCUGCACCGCACCGGCAAGAGCCUCGGCCUGAGGAAUCCAGCUCCCGAAGGCAAAUUCGCGUCGUUCGGCGGACAAACGGUGCCAGUGUUUGUGGGUGUGGCUCCGCCGCCGGAAUCCGAGGAGAUCGCAAACACCAGGUCGGCGGCUCUGUCGUUGCCCGACCAGCCCGAGCAGCCCAAACAGCCUGAGCAGAAGGAGCAGAAAGAGCAGCAGGCGAUCCCGCCGGCCUCUAUCUCGCAAAAAGCCACCUUCUUCGGGGCCGUGCCGGUGGCCGCCGUGCACGACACGCAGGUGUCGCCCAACCAGAGGGUGCAGGACCACCAGACCAAGCCCGUCUACAUCGAAUCCAACUGAACAUGCUCAGCAGAAUGUGCGCGAAAGGGUGGCUGAUCGAAAUCGGAGCUCUUGUGUGUGUGUGUCGGCGUCCGCGGCAGAGGGUUUUUUGUGUCUCGGCGGUGCAUGUAAAAGUCGUAAAUAUGCACUUGCUCGAUUUUGAUCUGCCACUUUUUCAACGCACCGCGGACUCUAAUUGGACGACGACUUUUAUUGAGUACAAAAAGCGCACGCGGAUUCCUUCUUGCCAUACAAGUGAUUACAAAAAAGACUAUAAAAAAGUGGAAAAUGAUGGCAGCACGAUAUUAUAUUUAGUUUUAAAUGUUUUUAGCGUAAGGGCGGGCCUCAGUAUUGCUGUGCACGGGAUUUUGUAAUGGACUUUUUUUAAAUUAAACCGAGCGGUGUUAUUUUAUGCAUAUCUUUAAACGUUUUUGUGGUUGGCGAGUCGCACGAGACGGCAGUGAGAGAUUCCGAGAGCGCGGCGAAUUGUGAGAUUUCUUCAGCACGAUACUCAACUCCAUUCACGCGAUAUAGCUUUGAUAUCAAAACGGUUUGGUUUGGUUGACAACGCGAUUUUUGCAAGAUCCUGAAAAUGACAAAACACGAGAGCGAUACAUUGAAUUACAUAACAUUUGAAAAGAUGAAGCAGGACUAGAAAAUAAUAUUGUCUAGCUGUUUAUUUUUCUGCUUUUGGAAUCUACGAUAAUAAAUUAGUUGUGAUAAGAA